UACUACAAUAAAGUGGACUUGGACAUCACCAACAAAGAAUGGGCAAAAAACCUCAGCUUCAUAGAAUGUAUCCUUUGGUUCUUCCCUUACUGUGAUAACAAGCACUACAUCAUGAUUUGUGUCAACAUCAAAGCAGAGAGAUUUGAAGUACUCGACAGUCUCCGUCACAAAGAAUUUAAAGAAUACUACAAACCAAUGGCAGACAGGGUUGUCCAGUACGCAAUCAACUACAUGAAGACACAGUUUGCCAACAAGACAGUAAAGUGGGAGAGGUUUACCUGGUUCAACCUCGAGAAGGUUACACAACCAGAUCAAAUAUCAUGUGGGAUGUACAUCAUCAGGUGGAUGAGACACUGGGAAGAUAAGUACAACAGUGCCCUGACCAAAGACUGGAAGAGGAUUGAUCUCAUAAAUGAAGAAAGGGAGUGCCUGAUGUUGGACAUCAUUAUUGAUGAAGAAACACUACAAAACCAAUAAAUAUUGGGGACAAACAUAGGGGACAAAGGUUUAAUUGUGUGCCGAAAAAUACCAUUUUAAGUAAUUUUAGGGACAAGGGAAUAAAAU